AUGCUUAGACUUGAAAAUUUUAAACGCAAGCAAGCUGAAAAAACUGAGCCCAGAAAGACUGAAUUUGACGAUGAAUUUAAUAAAAUGCAAGAGUUGGCCAUUUCCAUGGAAAAAAACUUUCGGCACAUGAACGAGGCUCUUGAUUACUACUUGACGCCCAAAUCGGGUGAUCGACUAAAAAAAACUGUUUACGGAAAACUCGGGAUUGUCGAUGCUAAUUCCUUAAAAUCUCAAGAUCAGUAUAAAAUGGCAGAAAGUAUGGCAGCCAUUGGCGAAGGCAUCGGCGAGUCUACCUCUCUCGGCUCAAUGUAUCUGGCAGCAGCAGAUGCGCAGAAAGAGAUUAUUCAUGCAUGGAUGCGUUUUCAAGGCGAGUGCGAAAAAAGCUAUAUCAAGCCGAUGUCUUUGCUAUCCAAAGAGUUAAACAUGCUCAAAAGGAACUUACAAAAAAUAGAACGAGACAGGCUCUAUCUCGAUUCCCAAAAAGGAAAGGGCGUCAGAGCUUUGCACGAUCUUAACCACUUCGACCCUUCUGUCGUCCAGCACUACAAUGAUAAGGCCGCAAAACUUCAGGAGAAUCUCACUGAGAGCGCAUGUUCUGCUCAAAAGCAGAUGGAGCACUUUUUUUACGAAAUGGAAGAAGACCAGAUGCUUGUUUUAUUCACUUUUAUUAGUUUGGUAUAA